AUUCUGGGCUAAGAAUUAUAUACUCGCGGCGAUGUGGCUGUAACAAAGUCCACGACGAGCAAUAAUUUAUUAAUUAGGGAAAUGGCCAGUAUAACACUGUCUAUUAGAACUACCUAUCUACAUCUGAAUAAUGCUAAAUGCUCAACCCGUAUUUAUACAGGUUCCAAUGACGUAAAAGUGGCCUAAUUCUAAUAUUACUUUAUUUUACUGUAUAGCAUUAUUAUGUUAAGACGUGAAAACUACUUGUUGUUUUCACCUUUGCUCUGGAUUUCCUGCGAUUAGGCAUAUUUAAUUAAAACUACAUUUUGUUUUCACCCAUGCCCUGGAUUUCCUGCACGUAGGCAUAGUUAUUAAUAUGUAUACUAAAUUAUAUUGAAUAUUGAUCAUUAAAUACGCCUAGCCUUGGGCUUACUACGGUAUAAAUAAAUAUUUUUUGUUUUAUUGUCUUAAAUUAAAAGGUUUUAAGUAUAAUUAUAAAAGGUGUUCGUAUUAAUUUUUCUACUUUACGUACUUGUGCGAGUAUAUGAGAAAGUUAAAAUAACUUUAGAGCUACUAAAGGAAAUGAAAUCGUGUAAAACUUCUUUCGGCACACACGUCAGGCAAUUGAUCUAGAUACCACCAACUACUGUUGAGGAAGAAAUCAACUGACACAAGGGAGUGACAAAAUUACAUUGGAUAUGAAAACCAUCGAUUCAUUGGACAAGAUUUUAAAGUAUUGAGUUGUGUUGAAUUGAAAUGGAAAACCACCCUCGCUGUAUCAAAAACAUGGAUGUCAUAGCAUGGGUUCCUGGUAUUCCCGGAUAUGGUCCUAAAUUUCCUGUACCAGCUAAUUCCCAACAUGGAACUCUUUGUUUAAAAUACAAAGGAAUGAAAAUCUUCAUCCCAUGUAAAUCCACUAAAAUACAAAGCGACAGCAACAUAGCUAAGGACGUCAAAGAAAAAAAAAAUAAUGUCAAUGAUAAAUUUAAAAGCAGCAAGUCACCUACUCAAAUCAGGUAUAAACCAGCAGACUCAGAAUAUACAGUAGGAGAAGUAAGGAGUUAUUCGGAAGGACAAAAGUUUUCUGCUGUGCCCAUAAAACGUUCUGUUGGUGUCCAAUGGAAUGUUGAUGAUAUCGAAGGCACGUCUAAAUUGAUUAAUCCAUUGCAGACAUCGAAUAAAACAUUUGAUUAUAUUGAAAAUAAAAAGUUGACUGCGGAUACUAAGAAAAGUAAUCGAUUCAAUAAAGACAUAAAAGUUAAAAAAUUUCAAGUUCCAGCGGUGGUUAAUCAUUACAGAACCAUCAUGAAAAAACCUGUCAACAGUUUCGAUAACAAUGUUAACAAUGUGUCGGUAAUAUAUGAUAUAAGAAAAGAAUUUGGUGGUGGGGACAGCGAAGGAUUAAACUUGAUUGAAAAAGAAAAACUUAAUUUUAAACAUGGUACUGUAAGACGUUUAAUCAAAUUAUUUGAGAAUAUGAAUGCUGCUUCGGCAUACAAAAAAAUAAUAUAAGUUAAAAUAUAAUUCAAAAAAUCUGAAUU